GCUAGCCCCAAAAAUAGUGAAUUCAUGUGGCCGGAGGAAGCAAUUCUUUAUUUUCAACAAUAUUCCAACAAUGAGCAGGUUCAAAUAAGAAUUGUUAGUCUUCACAGUGGCAAAAAUGACCCCUCAUUACCUCAUAUUGUUGAUGCCAUUUUAAAAAAACAAAGUAUUAACUCACCUCAGAGCCUUGCAGCCAUUCUGAUUGAAAAAGACUUAGCUAAAACAAUAAAACUUAAAGAUCUGGAACGUGCCUUGAUCAGGCAGUUCUGUCCUUCUCAUGAUUCUAAAUCUACAGGCAACUCACAUUGCUCUGAUUGUAAUGUUAAUUUCAAUAGCAAACUGAAUGGCCCAGCUGCUUUGGUUGAUAAAGACAUAAAAUCACAACCUCUUCAUGAAAAUCAGAGAGGAUUAGUAAAAACUUCGUCAAGUCUAUCCCCAAAAGUUAAAUCAAAUAACUUGGAAAUAAAUAAAGAUCCUGAAUGGCAAAGAAAUAAAGACAUUGAAAAGUGUUUUGAGCUUGGUCAUAAUUUGCUCUUAUCUCGUCGUGUGGCCUUGUAUAGAUCAGAAAAUAAAGAUGUGAACACAGCCAUGCCCAUUGUCCUACCUGAUAUUGAGAUUCAGGUCAUGUUGAGUAAUGUGGUCUCUCCUAGCAGUUUAUUUGUCCAUUGUGCUACUGAGGAAACUGGCAAAACUUUAGACCACCUAAGGGAAAAGAUGAUGACUCUGUCAAAAUCUGAGCUUCGACUUAGGUCCAAGAAUUUCACGCCAAUAAAAAACUCACUGUGUUGCGCAGUAUGCUCACUAGAUGGACAACUGUACAGAGGUUUAGUGUUGGAAAGUUAUCAAGAACCGGCAGAUGCACAGAAUCAUGAAAUUGGAAAGGUAAUGUUUUCUUUAAUGAUGUCAGUUAUUUCAAGCUUUAAGACAGCCAAGGUAAAACUGGGCAGCAUUAUUUCAAAUAUAGUUUUAGAGAUUUCAAGCUUAUCAAUUUUGUUAGUAAAGCUAAAUGUUCAUUAUAUUCCUUAUUAGCAAAUACAACCAACUUUUCUAGGGUUUGUAUUUGGAAAAAAAUCUUUUCUAAAAAAGAACUAGUAAAAAAACACCUGACUAAAGUAACUGACCAGGAUCCAAACAAAUUAAUUUGUUGUUGAGCUUAUUGGGAUGGAACCCACUAUUUGGCUAAUUUCCUGGUUCUGAUUAAGGUCUCUUCUUAUUUUGCCAGUAGUCUCAUCUUGCAGGUGACUAUUUUCCUCUCUAGACUUUUAUUCAGAGCCUAGGUUAGGCACUGUUACUUCUUCUUUGUGAUUAUCCGAUGUCAAUAAUAAAAUUGAGACAUAAACUUUGUUUUGUAUUUAAGGAGGUUAAAAUAAAUGUACAAAAUUUAAAUAAUUUAAUUAAAAAAGUGUAAUCUCACAAGGACUUAAAAUUGUUCCAAGUGUAACAAAUGAUGUCUUUGAGACAUUGCUAUCCUCAUAAAAUGCACCAACCCCUAUUUGGAUUAAGUGCUGAUUUUGGGCUAAAUCUCAAACUUGGGAUUCUCCCUUCACAACACACCUAUUAAAAUAAAAUUUAAAAAAAGGAACACCUAGGUUGGUAAAUCUAGAUAUGACAAGGCACUCAUUAUGCCUGCCACUGAACUAUAUGAUACUUGUAACUAAGGCCACAUCACCCCUACCCCCAUUUCCUAUGCAAUGAACUGUAGUUUAUUCAAAUGUUACAAUGUUCAUUUCUGUUUAUUAAAAGAACAUGGUUGUGUCAAACAGUAAAAAAGUCUAAUGUCUAAAAUGUUAUCAGAAUACACAUAAAUUUAGGCCCUGUCAAAAACACUUUGCAAAAUUACCAAUUAAAAUGUAAAAUGUUGUUCUAUAAAAAGCCAGAUUUAUAAUAACUCUUGUAAAGAUUGAAUGUCUGGCCAGGCCCUUUUCAGGGAAUAUUCAAGCAGGAUUUAAAGACCAAGUCUAACUUUUAAAAGAUAUCUGAUUAAAAAAAGGUAUUAACUAAUGCCAAAGCUCUUGCUGUUUAUCAAUUAAAAUGAAAUAGGAUCCUCAUUCAAAAGAGGCCAUUUUAGUUAUCCCUAAGAAAGGGAAACUAUACAAAUCAUUCCGAUGAACAUUCAAAUUAAUUUUUCAAAUGUUCCCCAUUACAAUGGGAAGAAAUUUGCAAAGGUGCUACCUUUUAAACUUUUACUAUUGGGGCACCCGGUGCCAAAAGAACUUUUUAGUGAGUAUUUUAGAUUGGAAAACGAACAAACUUUAUUUAAAAAAUUGUCCCAAUAAAAUUGGUUGAAAACACAAAAGAUAUAUAGUUUUAUUUAAAACAAAACUGGGCACAAAUAAGUUGUGGAUAUUAUUAGUAUGAAAUCUACUGAUAUUUUAAAAGGGAUUAUGAAAUGUAUAUUUAACAAGUUUGGCUUUGAUGCAAAUAUUUACGUAGAAGCUUGCAUUUUAACCUAACCUUCUUGUAUAGCUUUGGCUGUUAUAAGGAAAAUACAUCAUAGAACCUCCUACACUCAUUUGGAACAUUCUAGAAACUCUAAAAAUAUCUUUAAAUCUGAGAUCAUAAAAUUUGAGGAUAAUCAUAGACACUUAUUGAAACAUAAUAUACAUUUAUAUAAUCUUAAACCCUUAUAAAAAAUAAAACAUUCUAGACUAAGAAGCUUCAAGAAACUUUAAAAAAGACAUUAACCCGUAUGGCCGAAACUCCCUAGCAAGUAUAGAAAUCUUUAAAACUAAAAUAAAAUUUCCAUAAACUUUUAGAUACCAUUGACAUUUUCAUAAUCCCUAUACCUAGAUGAUCAAUAAAGAACUUGCUGGAAAAUCUUACACAUUUUUUUAAACCUUUAAAUAAUUUGUAAAAAGUGACUAUUGUUAUUUAGUUAUUAUCCCAAGACUAAAACUUCUAAAACAAAAUUUCGUAACUCUAUAGUUUUCCAUUUAUGUUAAAAUAAGGACCCUCAUUGGGGAAACAUUCUAUAAUGUGACGUUUUAUUUAUCUCUAAGAUAGGGACCCUAAAUAAUUCAUCAGAUAAAUAGCAGAGCAAAAAAUUUUUAAAGUUGUGCCAUUAAAUUGGUUGAAAAUUCUAAAAGAUAUAGCGUAUAUAAAUAUAAAGAAAAUGAAAUUAGUAUCCCUGGCCCCACCAUUUGUUCAAAACCCUCCAGUUUUUUAAUAUGGAUUUUCAAGUGCAUUUGUACCAAGCUCCAUCUAGAUCUAUCCAUUAAAUGUAUAUAUGAGAAAAAAUAAUUAAAUCCUUUUAUUUUUUAAGUUAGAUAAUGAACAAACUUUAUUUUACAAAUUGUCCCAUUAGAAUCGGUUUUUAAAGGGAUAAUGAAGUAUAUUUUGACCACGUUUGAUCUAGUUGCAACAAUUUACAUAGAAGCUUUCAUUGUAACCUAAGCCUUCAUGUAGGCCUAUAUCUUUGGCUAUUAUAAGGAAAAUACAUUGUAGAGCCUCCUAUACUCAUUUGGAUCCUUAAAUCUGAUGUUGAAGCAUUUGAGGAAAAUCAUAGAGACUUAUAGAAACAUAAAGAAGACAUUAACAUUAUCAUGUCAAUAUCUAUUAAAAAAAUAGACAAGCUUAUUGUGUUUAGCAUUUAAGAAGUUUAAAAUAAAUGUACAACAUGUAAAUAAUUUAUUUAAAAAAGUGAAAUCAACUAUGGACUGAAAUUUUUAUUCUUUAACCACACAGCUUACAACUUAUUAAAAAUUAAACCAUUUGGUAUAAAGGGAAUAUGAGCAAACUUUCCCCGGAACCAUUAUGUAUAAUGUGGUUGUGAUCAUUGUUUAGUCUUCUGGUAAUUGAUCGAUCCAUCAACAAACGAACAUACCACACUGAGCUUUAUAUAGUAGAUGCGUAGAAAAUAAUACUUUUAAGUAAUUUAUGCUUUACCUUUUCUCAACAGGUUCUCAUUUUCUUUAUUGAUUAUGGUGACUUUGAGUGGGUGUCACAUAGCAAUGUGUUUCCCCUGCCAGAAGAGCUGAAGAAAAUAAGACCUAUGGUACUAUGGUGCACACUUGCAAAUGUCAAACCUCAACUUCAUAACACAGAAUCUGUAACGAAACAACACACACAAGCAGGCUGGCCAUCACAUGUGGUAGAAGAGUUCAAAGCAAUGAUUUGUACACAGGAUAUAUUAUAUACUAUCAUUACAGAAAAUAGUGCUCUCAAGAUCACUGAGUAAACAUUUUUGUGUAUUAUUUUGAAUUAGCAAUAUAUGAUACUCUAUAAUAUAUUUUUAUGUUUUUGCUUAAUUUUUUAUGUCGUUAUUUUUUAAAAUUAUAAAACUAUUUUUAUAUUACAUAAAUUUCAAUAAAAGCAUUGUAGUAGGAAAAAGGAGACAUUCAUGUCCAUUUAAAUAGCAAUUGACCCUCAUGGUUCUUUUGUGUCAUACAUCAUAAGUAAUGAAUAUUAAAAAAAAAUAUAUGUCCUGCUACACUGCAUGUGUCAUAAAAUAUUGGUCCCAAUCUACCUAUGAGAGGCACUGCAUGCAAACUAUUUUAAAAGAAACAAAAUAUUUAAAAAAAUAUGAUCUAAAAAGCUGCAGUUACCUGAAAAUUGUUUUUUAAAAGGAAAAUUUUAAAAUGUUCUAUUUCUGUUCUUACUAGCUAUUGAUUGCAGACAAUUGUCCAAUAUCAAAAGCUUUUUAGCAGGCAUUGUUUGUUGAUAUGCCAGACCUGUUUUCCCUCAAACUCUUAAAAUCGUAGAAUAUCAUCACAAAAUCGUUCAAUACGUUAUAUUUAUAGUAAAAAAUAAACAGUAAAUACAACCUAUACACCUAAAAAUCGUACAUUGUACGCCAAAAUCGUAAGAGUAAACAGGUCUGAUAUGCCUCUACAAAGUGUUAGGGUGUCUUUAAUCCACUUUAUUUCCUUGGCCGGCUGUUUCCUCAUUAAUUAUUUUCAUAACAUUUUAGAUGUGAUGGUUUCCAGCUUGAGCCUCUUCCCAUUUAUCUCCUUGAUCGAAAUGGACCACAGGAAAUGUGUUUGAACUAUGAACUUAUUGAACUAGGUCUGGCAACAGUAAAUACCUCUUGUCAAAUACCUGCCAGUGGAGACUCGGUCAUGCCUGCCGGUGGAGACUCGGCCAUGCCUGGUAAUGUUUAGUUAUUUUUAUUGACCUUUUAUUCUCUUAGCUUGUGCUACUCAUUAUGGAAAAAUUAUACUGUUACUAAGUCUUAAAAUGGGUACAAGUUAUUUUGAUAUAUAUAUAUAUAUUUAUUUAUAUGUAUAUAGGCUUACCAAAAUUUCAAGGGUUGAAACCGAGGUCUUUAAUACCUGUAGCAUGCAUCGUGAGGACUAAAGAAGGCAGAAUUUUUAUUGAUGUUUGGGGACUGGAGUUUCCAAGCCACAUGGGACAAAAUCAAAAGCGGCCCUGUCCGACUUUUCUUUUCUCUGGGGAUCAGCCAAGAUCACAGAUCACCUUACAAUUAGGCCAACACAAAUAAUUGAAAAUCUAAUUUUAAUAAUAAAUUAAAAUUCAGGGUUAUAAAUGGACUAAUCACACCAGAACCCAACCAAAUGAUACUAACUGCAUAAGCAACGUGUGACGAACACUUGUAAAGUUGAACAAAUUUAAAAGGGCAGUACGUAACAAAUACACAAUACAAUUGAUUAAAUAUAAUAAAGAAACAAUGAUAACCCAACUAGUGCUAGCUACAAUUAAUUUAUUUAUGCUAACAAUUUUGAUAUAAAAAUAUUACAAAAUCAAAAACUAUAUUAACUUAAGGAACAGCAAGUAAAAAAGUAUAAUACUAGAAAGGUACAAAUAUUAAUCAACACUCAAACAGUGAAAAAUGUGUAAGUCUCUUGUAGCUCUUGUAUCUCUGGAGUUUCUUUUUUAUUUAUGGUCUGGGUGGGAGAGUUUUCUAGAAGGGCAGAUGAGAAUUAUCCAUCUAUAUUUAGAACAUUCUAGUAAGUUUAAGAGUAGCCUCCAACACUAGGACAAGUUAAUUGGUGUUGGCAGUUAUAAAAAAACAAAAGAAAGAUAGCUUUAUGAUAAAACUCUGCAUUGGACCAAAAUUAAGGUAACACGUGGGGCUGUUUUAAAUAUAUUUGUUAAAAUAUAAAGAAGUUGUCAAAAUGCUUGACAAUCUCAUGGUUCGGGUUUCAGUUCUCAUCAUUGUUUUUUUUUUCCAUCUUACUAUUAGAUUAUUAUAUUCAUCAAGUGUUACACUGGUAAUUUAUAAGUUGUCAAACAGAAAAGUGUACUCAUUUAUUAUUGUGUAUUAUUUUUGAAAUUAUUGUGUAUUAUUUUUAAAAUACAUUAUGUGCACAGUGUUACUGUUUUAAGCAUUAUAAUAUGUGCUGGCCUUACCUGCACUCUCAAAAUAUUUAUUAGCAGCUGUAAUUCAAAUUGAUACUUUACUCAAAAAGAUUGCUGAGCACUGACAUAAAACAUCGAUUUCUACAAACAUAGCAUACUUUCAUAUGGUUACCUAAAGGACACAUCACAAGUAUUAAACAUUAGCAAUAGGCUAAUGGAAGCUGUUGUAGUUUGAGUGGUAUUACAAAGAGCAAGGUUCAUGUACGUAGCCCCAGACAUGAAUUUGAUGAGGUGCAACAUCACUCAACCAUUUAUUAAAUCUAUUGUACCCUCCUUGCAUAUUUGUGGGUCCUUCUUUAGUGUUACGACACUGAUCAAUAUUAAUGUUACAUUCACUGAUUUUUCCUGGAAUGAUUCAAACAUAUCUUUUAUGGUCAAAGAUGUACAAUUCCCAACAUAUAUAAGUCGCUCAUGAACUUUAUCUAUGACAUGUCUUAUAUUGAGAAAGAACUUAAGUGGACAUUUAAAUGCAAGUAGGCCUAUUAUAGUGAUGCAGAAGCGGCCCAAGCUGCCCAAAUAUCACUGAAUGAAGUGGGCCAGGGGGUCAUUUAUCACUGAGAGAAAGGCCCAUUUGGUCCAAACAUAACGGGCACACCAGGAUUUUCAUGGUGAUCCGGUGGGCCAGUCAAGCUCUAAACUUAAUAUAGUCAUGAAACAAUUCAACAAAUAUUUUUCUGGCAUCUGUCCAUCUCAAGGACGUUAUGGUGUGGUCACAAGGCCUGGGAUUGUGUUAUGUAGACUAAGUUAGAUAAUACACCAGAUGCUACACAGGAGAUGCCAGAAUUGUCUAUUUUUUUUCUGUUGGGGUUAUCUCCCUUAUCCAUUGGUUUGUAGCUACAAUGCAGUGCAUGUUUGCAAUCAGAGUUUCUUUCUUUUAGAUGAGCCACCAUCCAAGGUUGACGAGUCCUAUUUGCUUGGAGUGCCCACAAGUUUUUAUGCCAUAUUCUGAUAUUGAUAUUAACCCCACAGCCAUCCAUUAACUCAAGAAAAAAUUAAUGACUAAAUUUAAGCAUAUUUCUAUAGGUUGCAGGCAAAACCUUUCGCUCAGGUCUGACAUUUAGUGAGGCCUAAAAUUUUUACCUUAUUAAUACAUAAAAGCAUGUUGCGUAACACAAGCUUAGAACUUGAUACCACAUUUACCAGUCUUUACCACAUUUUAUAUGGAUUUUAAUACCAACCAACCAGACUUCUUUAACAUAGACAGGAAAAAAUAAUUUAAAAAAAAAAAAUGUGAUUGAAACAAGGACAGAAUACUGGCUCGGCUUCUUUGUUUUCUUUUUAUGUCUGCUUCUACUGGGGAGACAUCGUUGGAGCUACAUUUAGCGGUCAAGUUGAACUUGUUUCCCUUUUUCAAGUCUAGGAUUUAUUCCGUUUAGAUCCAUCCAUUUUCUUCUCCUUUUUAUUGUCUUAGCAGUUUAUAUCCACUCCCCGUCGCAGCUUGAACUUCCUUUUUGAGUCUAAUUCUGUUUUUAUAUGUCAGCCAGAAUGUAUGGUAAGCCUAAAUAUAUUUGAAAUGUAAAAAAUUUAUGAUUUCUUAUUAUGAGAACUAAUAAGAAAUUUAUCAGGCAUGACUUAGACCUGUUUUUGGAACUUAACUUAUAAAUAAUUUCUUCAUCUCUAGAUUCUUACACAGCCAAAAGUUCAGAAUUGGAUGAAUGGGAGCCAAUGUUUGAAGACUAUACUUCCCUCCGUAAUAGUUACAAUGUUGAUAUUGAUGAUGCUGGUGUGGCACUAGUUGGUUAUUGUAAGUAAGCCUUUAAUGUUCAGUAGAAUAGUCAAUCCAAAUCCAUGGAAAAGUUGUUUUAAUAGAUUGUUCUUAUUCAUUUUCAGCAAAUAGAUACAUAUUCUUUACCAAGACAACAUUUUUUAUUUUAGUUAUAUACCAUGCAGUAAUAUUAUUUCAAUUCAGUUGAAAAUCCUUAAGACAACUGGCAAGGAGGAAUCCAUCUUCACUUGGGGUAUUAAAGGUAACCUAUAUAAAUGAAGAGUAAAUUUUUAUGUUGGCGCUUGGCAUGAAACAUGUCAGGCUACUUAAAAAAUACUUGACUUUUUAAAUUUUGUGGAUUUGUCGCAGUGUGUGUGUCAUUUAUAUAAGUUAUGUCAUAGAACUCAAUAAUAAUAAUGCAAUUUAACACUCAUUUAAUAGGUGAAGCAAUUGGCUUAACUGAAUGAACGAAGCCUAUGAUCUCCAUGAUGAUGAUAUAAAUAUGUAUUAAAAUAAUAUGUGUACAUUGGUUUAAAAAAAAAGAAAAAUGCUAACAUCUGUGUCUAGCAACACUAAAGCCACUAUAGCAAAGAUCUGCUCCAUGUUUAUUUUUCUUAUAUUUGUGGGUUAGGGCAGUGAUUCUCCACGAUACCUUUGGGGGUCGCCUUACUAAAUGUCAGGGGUUGCUUGAUAAUUUCCAUGACAGGCAAUUCAGGGAAGAAGCCAGUAUAGGAGCUGCUCAUUCCUGCCCAAGACAAUCAGGGACUGGAACAAUCUUUCAAAGGGAACGGUUGAAGCGACAACACUAGACACAUUUGUGUCUAUUGCCUCAAGCCUUCAAACCCCUAAUGCAUGAUUCCCUCACAAAGUGGCAAUAGAAAUAGAAAUCAGUGAAAUUUCCUCAUCAACACCAGGAACAGAAACAUUGCAAAUCCCAUCUACAUGCAUAGGAGCCAAAAUGAUCAAUAAAUUGAUCAUGGGCCCUUAAGAUAUAGAAGAAGAAGAAGAUUUCAGAGGGGGUGGGGGGGGGGUGUUUGGGGUGUGCUGUUCCGAGUGUAAAAUUUGCAUUUUUUAUAUUUUAAAUAUUAUUUACAGUGAUUGGUCUAGUUUCUUAUUGUUACCUCACUUGUACACACUAGAGUUACAUAAAAUUUAAAAAAAACUAUGAUUCUUGGAGUAGAUGUGGGCAGCUAAUUUAAAAUAAAUAUUUAGCAGUUUUGUUUCUUUAAAAAAAAUUACAUUAUAUAUCCGAAUAGCGCACAAAGUAUAAUUCCUAAUAACUACACUAAAUAAUUUUUUUUUAAAUAGUGCAACUGCAUUUUUUGUGUAACAUUUUCUUUUUGGAACAUGAAAUCGUCUCAAUUUAAAUAUGGUGUAAUAAAUAUUCGGUUUAAAAGUGGUGGGACAUCAGAAUAUUUAAUAUAGUUCAUAGCGUGAAAUAAAAAGUGUGCAGUGACCUAUCAUGUGGGGAAGGGGUGUAGCGAAAAUUGGGAUUCUUAAAUGUGAGUUACUUGAGUUCAUGUUUUGUCAAGUAACUUAUUUGAUGGGAAUUUCAUGCAUUGCUAUCGCCAAUGUUUGCCGAGCUAUAACUGGUAUAUAUUAUUUUAAUUAUUUUUUAACUUUCUUUCUUUGUUUCAUUUUUUUGUUUUUUUGUGUGCCUAAACUUAAAAGUUGGCACCUUCCAUGCAAAACUAUAACCAGGUGUGUGAAUUUACCACAAAUUUUCUGGCAACUGACUUACUGAGCACCCCUAUACAGAACCCUCCACCCUUCUCAGUCCUUAUUUCUGCUUCCCUCCACCCCCCCCCCCACCCCCUCAUCAAAGUUACAGUACUAACAACUUUUUAUAUGCAAAAAAACUCUACCCCCUCCCUCUUCUCAACAUCUUUUUAUCAAUUUCAAGUUAUAUUUUUGGUUGUGGUUCACCAUAACUUGGUAAAUUUUAUUAAAAAAUUUGAGAACCACUGGGUUAGGAUUAUGUUAUUAAGCUGUUAGCGUUUUUAAGCCUUCAACUUUGAUGCCUUUGUCAUUGCUACUGGUUCUCUACAUGCACAUUUCACUUCUUCUCAUCCCAUUGGGUGGAACACAAUAUAGAAAAUGAGAAGAUAAUUUUUUUUUUUUUAUAUCAGAAUUUGGCCCCCCGAGAAUUAUCUCAAAAUACCUUGACCCGUACUGGGUGUCCACACCUGGCUCAGCCCAAGUACUUUGGUGCUGUAAAAAUAUUUAACAACUCUCUAGUGGAGCUUUCUCUAGAUUGUUUUUUACAUACAUUUUCAAUAAGUGUUUUAUAUAGGCCAUGGGUUAAUCAGAUGGCCACAAAUACCAACCUUUAACGCUGGACAACAGCUUGUUGAAAGGAUUCAACGAAUUUCAUAAAUAUGUUUGUUGCAGAUAACAGAUUCUGGGUUUACUCUUAUAUUGUAUAGCAACAAUUCUUUGUCAGUCAUAUUUGCUCAACCUUUAAAUCAAUGGAACAGCUGUUCAAACCAAUGAGUUGUAAAUGCUAUUUUGUGCUGGAAAGCAUCAGAUUGAUUUUGAAAUAUGAAAAGAACAGCUAAAAGUAGUGUCUUACAUGUCUUACCUGUUAAACAUAUUUUAAGUAUUGUAAUUAGGGGUGGCAUUCCUGGAGAUUUCGGGAUUCAAUUUGGUCAAGUUGGGCAGGACCUCUACAAAAAGUAUACAAGGAGUACUGUAUUUAUCACUAAAAAAGUUUGUUCAAUUGCGAAAUUGUUGGCAUUUCAAUUCAUAUUAUCAGUUUUAGUAAUGUGGAGUCUUUUUAGUCAUGACGAUUUCUGCAUACCAUAUUGUAUCUUCUCACAGCUUUAUUUAAGGUGGUGGUGACCUGGUCAUGGAAAUACUUAUUUUCCUUCUUCUGAAAUCUCCUCUUCUCAGACAAUUGCAGUUGGUCUUCAAUGAGUAGCACAUGAUUUAGUAUAGAAGACUCUCCAAUUUUUGGGGUUCUAAAAUAUUUAGCUGUUAGUAGAUUUUUAAUUAUUUAAAAAAAUUAUUGAUUUUUUCCUUUGUAUAUUUUUGUGGUGCCCACAUUCUCCUGAUGCCCUAAGGAUGAGCUUAUUUUGCUUAAGGUUUAAAUGGGGUCAGCACGUCGUGUGUCUAUAAAUUUUUUUAAUUUCAGGUGAGACUUAAAUAUUUAAGCCAGCCACACCAACUUAAACAGAAUUGGUGUCCUCAGAAAAAAGGGCGUUAUUUGCACACGCACAAACACCCCUCCCCCCUUUUCUUCUAAAAUUUAGAGAUGGGGGAAGUAAAAAAUGUAGAGAUUAUUUGUUAAAGUGAAUGGAAUGUUAUAAUAACAUAACAUAAAAAAUAUACAAAUCAACAGCUUUUGCUUGAUUACUUUAAUUAUUAAUUAUUAGAUUAAUUUUUGUUGCGUAUGAACGUCUACCUCUUCCUUUUAUUCCCAGAGUCCUUAUUUUAGACAAACUAUUUAAUGCUUGAAUUACAUUUGCAUGGUUAGUGAUAAGAGCGUAGGCACAUUAAAUGAAAGUAAGCUAAUCAAUAAAUAAUCUCCCAAAUGAAAAGAGAGAAGCAGCAACACGCGCUGUGAUGAUUAGUUUUCUAGUUGUUGAUAUCCUUUUAUAAUUAAGUAAAGCAAUAUUUAAGCCUCUUGAUUUUACAAGGAAGUUGUCUCCAUCGUGAAAUUGUAAAUAGUUUGUAAAUGUUCUAAAGAUGGUUGAUAGCCUAGGUUAGUUGUGCCCGCUCUACUUGUACACAUGGCACAUAUUUGGGUUAGGUCUGUUAUAUCUGUAUCGUUGCUAGUAUGGUGCAAUUUAAUUAGGCUGUGUUGACCUAUCCUGUCGAACAUAAACUGGGGGUUUAUGAAGGCCAUGCUCACAAUCAGAUCACCAUUAGAAAAUUCCACUUGUUCCUCGCAUUUUUGCUGGAACCGAUUCUUGUUUGGAAGGAUUUUACUCAUAAGUAGAUGAAUCUUUAUUGUUCGGAAAGCCUGUAGAGCUGAACUGAGCAGAGACUUGAGGGUAAAUACUGGUAUGAAGUAUAGGAUUGUUGUGUCUCGUUGUGCGUAGUCAGAAAUGAGGCACUGUGGACAGGUGAGACCAAUGUACAAGAAAAAUGGGAGAUAGCACAUUAGCCACAUGACAAAAUCAGCUACGAUAGUAAACUGUAUAUGGUGACGCUUUUGCAACUCAAAAGGUCGUUCUAACGAAUGAUCAGGACCAGAAGCCUUUAAUAAAUUAAAAACUUUUGUCAGCAAAAACAUAAAUGCAAUGCACGCUAUAAAGCAUCCACUAAUUAGAGAAGCAAUAAAAAGUAGGUAUGGCCAUGGAAAGAAAUUAAAGAAACGAGCCGUAUAAUCCUUAUUGUUCCACCCUACAAGGGGCAGGAACCCGAUUACAAAGGACAUGUUCCAAAUGAGCAGCAUUAUUGAUAUAACUGUGUCUUUGUGUACCUGAAAACAGAAAAUUUUAUGCGUAUAAUUUCAUUUUAAAAUAUGACAAAGUACAUAUAUAAUAAAAUGAUUUAAUAUAAUUAUGUGUUCUUGCACUCCUAGAAAGAUUUCUUUGAACAGGCACUGGUUUUCAAGGACUGCCAAAAAGUGCUGCCCAUGAGAUGUUUUGGAACAUUGAUAAAGAUGUUCCUUAAUUUAUCAUUUUCACUGUGUAUUUCUUUCUAGGUCGAAUUUAACAGCAGAAAGUAUUAAUCAAGGGGGUUGGGUGGGAUGGUGUGUGCAAAUUAUAAUUAGGGCUGACUCAUAAAUAUGCUCUCUUUUGCUUAUUUUGCUUUUGGCAUUUUAUAUAUAAGAUUGGUAUAAAAUGUCUGCUCAUAAAACAUAAUACUGGUACUAAAAAUGUUUCAGAAAAUUAAAAUAGUCUCAGUAAAAAGUACUCCAAGGAAACAUAUCAACAUGCCUUGUUAGUGCUGUCUUAACAGCAAAGGGGCCCCUGGGUAAAGAAAUGCAUUCCCCCUCCCCAUAUUAGUCUCUAACAUAAUAAAGUAUACAUAGUUUAAGCAUUUUGGGGGCCCUGGGCAGUACCCAUGUUAGCCUAGUUUGUUAAGAUGGCACUGUACUUUGUUUUUAAAAAAAAUGCAAAUGGUUUGUGCUUAUACAAAAAUUUUAAAAUCCCACUGCAGCCAAUUUUGGCCCAUUUUAGUCUGACUUAUACUUUUGAUACUACUUUUAUGUACAUGAAACAUACCCACUCAUUAGGCUAAAAUUUGACACACCUAUUGGAUAUUUUAGUUCAUGUGCGGGUUAAAUUUACUCUUAUUAAGUUAGCAUGAAAAUAUUACAAAAUAUAAAACAUUAGAUGCAUUCCUCCUACCUGUGUGUAUUUAUUUGGUCUUGCUAGUUUCAAAAAGCAGUCGAAGAGUAAUGACAGCAGCGACAUUACGGAGGUGAGUGAUGUUGUCCAGAAAAUACUCUCUGGUAAGAAGAAGUUGACAUUGAGAGAAGUUAUAUACAAUAACAUAAUCAUCUUUGAGAUCCCAUAUGUUGACAUGAGUGCAUCAGACAAACACAGACUUCGUAAAUAUACAAGGGUGGCACUACCACCACCGCUGAUGAAAUAAGUAGCAGUCAGUACAAAGCAGCUGCAAAGAAAGGCAAAUGCUGAGAGAAUUAAGGUAGCCACGAUCGCAGCAUGUCCUGGCAUUUCUGGGAGCUCUCCAAACUCAACCCAUACCCAUCUGCCAGGCGGAUUGUUGGUCAAGUUGACAACACUGACAUUGUUGACGGCACUGACACUGUUGAUGUUAAAAAGCCCAGUGUGGGUUUCAUUGGUGUAGUUGCAAUUGUUAAGUAAAGUAUUUCCUGUAGAUCCAGUAAUAUCACUGUGCAUGACCGCAACUUGAAGUAGUUAGCGAUGUGGUAGUUUAUGGGUCUGUGCUACAGAAGGCAAUAUAUUAAAUGUAAACUGAAAUGCUUGCUGUGUCCCUGAGACAUAAUUGACUUGUAUGAUAAUGAACUGCACAGCAACAGCUGGAGUUGUUGUCCCUUAGUACCUGCGUAGUGAGUUCCUCAUUUUAAAAAAUAACAAUAACAAUAAGCAAAUGUUUUAAAAACCUGUUCUGUGACCAGCUUGUCUCAGUAGCUGUUUUUUUGUAUUCAUUGAUGGGGUAUCAUGUCAAGAUACUCUAUCACUAACAUGCUGAACUGAUGACUGGUCAAUAGUAAAUGGCCCGUGGUUUACAUAAAAGUUAUCAUUUCAAGUGUUAUAUACAAAUUGAGUCAUAAUAUUGCCCCCUCCCCCCCCCCCCCACCCUUUUCCCUACGCCACUAGUGGAAUGAUACUCCUUUUUGUGCCGCCACUAGUGGAAUGAUACUCCUUUCUGUGCCUGUGAUGUUCAAAAGUAACACGUUUAAUGUCAGUGUUUCCCAGCUAUUCCCAAUGCCCCACCAGAUCACCUAAAAUGGUUUAAUGUCUCCUCCUCCCCCAUUUAGUGGGGGAAAAAAAGAGGUUUUUAUGCUGCUAUAAAGAUGAUUGAAUUUCAAAAUAUUUGCCUUUUUAGACCUUAAGAUUCACAAUUUAGAGGUAAUAUUGAUAACAAAUUAAAUAUAUUUGUAUUUCAACUCAUUUAAGGUGGUUAACUUUAGAAAAAUCCUGAUUUAACUUCACACACACACACACACACACAUGAUUUCGUUUCUGCAGCAGGUGACAAUGAACCUACUGACGCCUCUGCCUUGUUUAGUAUUUUCUAACGGACAUUUUCCUUGUCAUUAAAGAACUGCUAACAAAAGAAUAUAUGUUGACAACCCCUUCGUAUGUGUUUCUAGCCAUCCUGCAAAUGACAAAACUUGGUCCAAACUUCCAAGACACAAAAAAAGGGAUUUUUAAUAAAGUCAGCUCAUCCAGUUUUGAUCUAAAUUCUGUUGAUUUCUGGUGGGCUUCACAGAUAAUCUUACUUUUUCUUAGCCUUUUUCUAUAAACUCUGUAUAUGUUAACAUAUAUAUAUAUGUAUACCAUUUUUAACAUAGUACAAACCAUUCAGUAAAAAAACAAAUGCAAUUUUAUUUACUUUAAAAUGUUCUACUAUGUCUAUCUAUAAGUUGUGUAUUUUAUAAUCGGUGACAAAACAGCGGCUAUAUUAUCUACACUUACGCAAACUUGUUAAUUGAUAUCUAUAGCACAGGGCUUGACUUGUGGUCCAUGACCCCUAUGAGGCUCCUGAAAAGGUGUUGGGCUCCGUGAGCUGCAUUUCCUUAGUAAUUUUAUUAUAUUAUAUGCAUUUAAAAAAUUUAAUUUCAAAAAGGGGUCUGUGGCCUCCAUAUGACUGGCAGAGGGGAUUUUGGCCUUCAUUUAACAGGCCAUAGGGGUUCAUGGCGUCACAGUCAGAUUACAUGAUGUAGGUCUGGUGUGUCAUGUCGUGACGUUUGGGUUAUAGUUUACCUUUAAUCAUGAUUUGGCUCAGCCACGCAUGACGGCAUCGGAGUGAUAAUUAAAAACCUAGGUAUAAAAGCUGUGUACAUUUUGUGUGCAAGAGACACUUAGUAUUUUUGCCAGGAGAGGCACUUAGUAUUUUUGCUAGGAGAGAAACUUAGUAUUUUUGCUAGGAGAGAAACUUAAUAUUCUUGGUAUUUUUUAAAGGAGUAGAGUGGAUCUUAGUAUUUUUUAAAAGGAGAUUGUUUUUGUACAUGUUUUCUAUUUUGAAUGCCAGUAAUUACUUGUUGGGCCAUUUGUGAACUAAUAACAGCACACUAAUAAAUAAAGAAAUCUGAACUUUUUACAUGAUGAUUCAACGUCACACUACACAGCCUUUUAAGGGCUAACUAGGAGACAGUUGUAUACUCUUACUUACAUUGUUUUCUAUGGCUGUUUGAAGGGGACCUACUCCCAGACAAGCACUAUUUGUCACACAUAGACACAUGAAAAUUUUUUUAGGGAGGCCAUCACAGAGAUUUGUAGAAACAAAUGGGAGUAUUGUGAUAUUAAAUAUUAUUCAAACUCGAGGACACAUGCUAAAUGAAAAAUUGCUAAUCAUUUUUUUAGUUUACUUAUUCAGCCUGCAAACCCACAGAAAACCCUUUAUGGCCUGAUUUGGGGUCAUGAACCAUUGGUUGGGAACCCACUAGACAUACAUUUAAUUUAUUCCAUUAUAAAGCUGCCGCUCAAGGUGCCAAGGAUAGAAGAAGAGUGUGUGCUUAUUUUAACAAGUCAAGUGGAUGCAAGAGGGGAGUGAACUGCCCAAAUCUUCAUGUAAAAGUACAAGAUGCAGGUGAAUAAAUGUGAAGAUUUAAUGCUUUAAAAACAUUAUGCAGAUUUGAAAGUAUUGAUGAAAAAUUGAAUCUACUUGAUACACUUAUGUUAGAGCUCUGUCUUAUUGUGAUACAAUGUAUGAUAAAGUCCCUAUACUCAUGUUUGUCUUCAUCAGAUACAACAUAUGAUAAAGUCCCUGUACUCAUGUUUGAUGAGGAUCAAACUCUAUUGCUGCCGCAACAUGGGUCAUACUGCAAUGUCACUGUGACCAAUGUCAAAAGCCUUAGUCAGUUUUAUGUAAAUUUACACGGUGGACCUGUAAGAACCCAUAAUUCAAACAUUGUAGAGGCCUGUCUGGAAGAAGAAUCUCUGAAUGGGCUUAUGGCUAACAUGCAGUGAGUUUUUAUAGUAUUGCAGAAAAAAAAACAUUAUUAUUUAUUGGCGUUAUCUAUUGAAAGAAUUUCUGAAUGAUUCAUUAAUUUAAAAAAUAGAUGAUAUGGAGAAAAAAAAAUUAUGCAGUUCAUAUUUAUUGAAUAAUAUAGAGAAAUAAAAAAAUUAAAUGUCAAUGCCGGUACUUUAUAUUUAAUAUAUUUAAUGUAUUCAAGGAAAUAUUAUAAAACCAGCAUCUACUAUGAUGGUGAUCUGACACUGUUAGCACCUGGUCAAGCAGUAGCUGCCAAGAUAAGAGGGAUAUGGAUGAGAGCAAAAGUGAUUGACACAGAUGUUGAAGGAUGUUUAGUCCAGGUUAAUUUGAUGUCACAUUUUAGUUUUAGCAUUAUUAUAAGACCUGUUUGAUGUCAAAGGGUCUGAAAGGGGGGAAAACAUUUUUUCGUUGUAAAAUUGUCAGAAGGCUACUUUAUAAAAAUUUUAGACCAGAGUCAGACAACAUUUCUUGUGAAAGGGCUGCAUGGAACCUUUCUAAGACUCUAGACCUUUAGAAAAUUAAUUAAACACAUUUUAAAAAUGAAUUUUACAUAAAUAUAAAGUGCCAAGGCGGAUACAAUAACUCCGCCUCAGAGAGUGAUAUCACUGGCAUGUAAUGAGGAAUAAAGUUUGGAAAUACCUUGAUAAUCUUUUUUUUUCAGCAGUUAUAUUCCAAUGCUAAUGAAAUCACUAGGCUUGUUGGCUCUGCAAGAUUUUUCAAAGAAUAACGGGUCUAAUUUUUAUAUAUUUCAUUGAAGAUGGGCUUCGAAAAUUAAUUUUGAGAUAGAAAAUAAGCAGUGGAAUAUUAUUACAAUUUGAAAAUAUUACACUGGAAUUGUUAAAUUUCAAAAGCUGUACAGAUAAUUAUUCACAAUUUGUACAUUUUACAAAAACAUCUAGUGCUAUGCAGGCAUGUCUUUGCAGUGUGCCUCAUGUGACCCACAAACAAUAGGUUACCCUCCCCUUGUUUAGACCUUUCAUGCCAACCCCUGGGAAUGGAAAACUCAUACACAGAUUCCCAAAAACAUUUUACAAAAAUUUUAAAAAAUUAAAACGACCAUAAAAAAACCAAAACAUUACUUUUUUAAAUUAAUAGCAUUUAAAUCAGUUAUCAUUUCCCUUUGCAUGCAAGCAAUAUAUUUAUUUUUUUCUAUCUGAAUUGGUUAUGUAUAUAAACAGCUUUUGAUUGACAGUUUCUGGCUCCAUAGAGUAGUAAAAAUAAAAAGAAUGAAACAUUCAUAUAACAUAGGAUUUCCUCAUAUUCACACUCUAAAUAGUGGAUAAAACUACAUUAAACAUCUGAUGGGAUAGACAAUAAUUGUUUAAAAUUUCAUGACAGGUCAUGUCUGUAGAUUAUGGGAACCUGGAAUGGGUAAAUGAGAGAGACAUCAGAGAAUUACAGCUACAAUUUAUUCAUUUGACUCCUCAAGCAGUUGAAUGUGCAUUGAGUGAUUUUGUACCAAAAGAUGAAUUUGAAGGAUGGACAUGCAGUGCUUGGUAUGCAGGAAUAGUUUUUUUUAAAUCACUUUCACAAACAUAUAGAGAUACAAUUUUCACAUUUAAUCUCCUAUUUUUUUAAAAACCUGUCUUAUUAAAGAACUAAUUAACAUUUUGCAAGUUUAUGGUUAAAUUUUUUUAUUGAAAUUAUUAGUUAAGUUUCUAUGGCUUUAAUAAAUGUUGUGCUUGAGCAUAUCUGUUAACAACCCUCCAUCAGCAAUAAAUCCUCUGUAUUAAUUGUAUUAAGCACAAAAUCUCCUAAUCAACCAACCCUAGGUAGAGAUAAUUUAGUUGUGACUUAUGUUUUAAAUACAAGGCAUAUCUUCUAACUCAGCGUUUCCCAAAUGCUGAGUCACGACCCGGUAUCGGGUCAGAAAAUGAAAAUUACCGGGCCGCUGAAAGAAUUUUUUUUAAAAAUGAUCGAAUAUCUAGGUUAUAUUAUCAUGACACAUUCAUUAAUAAAUUAUUGGUAAGUUUUCUUGGCAUUUUUUUAGGAGUAUAUGCUUUAUUAAUUAUAUAAUCUAUGAAAACUGUGUGGAAAUUCUUAUCUGUGAUGUUUUACAUAAAGGCCAGUAGAGCUGAUAAAAAUGAGUGUCCCAAAAGAGAAGUACAAAAAUAACCGGGUCACUGGGUGGCAGAGCGGUCUAAGCUGACUCAAUCCAAAUAGCUGGUGGUCUGGAGUUCAAUCCCCACCAAGCAAAAAACAUCUCAAACACUUCCGGGUGGAUGGGACUUUCUAGCCUUGGAUUCAUCUAAGAGAAGACAAACUCUGAAUUAAAACCAGGAGCAGAAUGAUCAAUAAAUUGGGCCCACAAACAUAAGGAAGAACAAAAAAGAAGGAAAAAAAUGUUUGGGAAACGCUGUUUUAACUUAUUAUAUGAGACAUCAAGGCUUAAAUGUUUCCUUGAGAUUAUUUUGAUAAGCUUUUGAAGCAAUAGAAGUUGCAACAAUAGGUUAUUGAUAAGGGAUUUGGAACUAAUAGGCCAACGUAUGUAAGUCAGACUCUUAAAAUUAAAAUUAAUUCCUAUGGUAAAGAACAUUGGUAUCAUCACAGACACGUACACAUGAGAAGUGGAAAGGGACAGAUCAUCCAGCAUUCGUCUGUACACAAAGGCUCCAUACAUCAUGAAGCCAACAUAACAGUGGCUACAGAGCACAAAUGACAUGCCAGAAAAGACCGUGUUAACCCUCCAUCCGGAGAUGUCCCAUCAAUCCCCUGCACUUACUGUACACGAACAUUUCAUGCCAGAAUCUGUCUCAUCAACCAUCUGCGCCCCCACAGUCAAGUUCACAACGGUCACAUCAACCAACUGCGCCCCCACAGCCAAGUUCACAACGGUCACAUCAACCAACUGCGCACCCACAGUCAAGUUCACAACGGUCACAUCAACCAACUGCGCCCCCACAGCCAAGUUCACAAUGGUCACAUCAUCCAUCUGCGCACUCACAGUCAAGUGCACAACGGUCACAUCAACCAUCUGCGCACCCACAGCCUAGUUCACUAUUAGUAUAUCGAUGAUUAAGAUGAUUAAGGUGGUCAUAGGCGAUUUUAACUGAAGAACUAUAACACAAACCAUGUAUGAUAAAAUACCAAUUAACAGUGAAGCCAAAAGACAGACACCCUACUCUAAAGCAAGGGAAGGCUCAGGGACAAUACAAUUCAUUAAAGAAUUUUUACACUUCAAUUGUUACAAAAUUUGACAGAUCAAAUAGUCUUAAAAUUGUAUUUUGCAAUUUAAAAAAAGAUAUUUCUACGGUGAAAAAUUAUGCUAUCAUGAUUCCCUUUAAUAAGAACUUUUAAAAAAAUUUACAGCAAUGCUUUUGCUAAACUGGUGAUGGGGAAACCAAUAGUCCUUCAAGUGAAGUACAGGUAAAGUGUGCCUCAUAUACUGGUUACUGUUUUUGGUUAUAUAUUCAUCUGAUAGCUGACUAAUUACAAAAGAUCUUGACACAAUUUUUGUUUUCUUUAUAUUUUUGUUUAUAUUGCCAUUAUGGUAGGUUUUUUUUUCAAUUUGGUUUGUAUAAAAACAAUAAAUUAUUAUAAACCAUGCAAGGACUUAAAGGUGCAAUUAGGGGCUGUCCAUAAAUUACGUAGGCAAAAAAAAAAUUGUCCCACCUCAUAUCUUCAUAGUACUCUCCAUGUUGAACCCUUAUGUUCCCCCUUUUCCCCCCCCCCCCCCCGGGCCCCUUUACAACUUUGUGUAUGUGCAAAUGAUCUUCUUCCCUCUCCAAUCAAUUUAUUAACCUAUGCCACCAUAAACGGUGUUUAAAAUUUAAAUCACAGGUUUUCUCCCCUUUUCUCAACCUCCGCUGGCUGUUUGGUGCAGCAAGUACCAAAGUACCUACAUUGUAUCUUAAUUAAUUGACAAUUUUCGGUUCAGCCCAGGGGUCAGCAUCCUUUUCUUCAUAGAGGAGACAUUUUCAUAAAUUGUAUCUGCUUAGAAAAUAUUUUGGAAGUUGCAAUUGGAGGCUGAUUAUUUAAAUAUAAUUAAAGCUUAGUAAACAAAAAAUGGGGCAGCUUCCACUCCUUCAGAGAGCCAUAGAUGGCCAACCACUUGUUUGGCCAAUCACUUAUUUGGCCAAAGGAAAUAAUUAUAUUAUAUAAAAAAAUAAUAAGCAAGGAAACAUAAAAAGUCGUGUAGUGAACUAAAGUUUUUCUAGGCUAAAUAUUACAUUUGCAAUAUCUAGAGAGUUCAUUUGUGAAAACACAAAGCAACUGUAUGACAAUAAUUAUGGAACAUCCCAAUGAUUUUUAUAGCAUUAGAAAACAAUAGAAACUACGAAUUUAUUGGUGACAGUUUUGGUAUUUUAGAGAUAAAAAUAGACUAAUGAUUUUCAUAAUUUCAGUAUAUUUAUUGCAUAAUGCAUGCAUAAAUGUAUGUACAUAUUCUGCCAAGACUCCUUCCCUUUCCCCAUAAAUCUCCUAAAUACCCCUCCACUCCUUUCCACUGUGCCUACAUUAUUCAAAUGGCAGGACUGACUUUAUUUAUCAAAUGUAUAUUUGCUCUUUUUCCAGAUACCCAACUGGCCUUAUUGGAGUCUCUUUGUAUGACUCUUCAAGAAAUGAUAUCAGAGAAUCUUUAUUGGAUUACGGUCUUAUUUCUAACUCUAUUAGAAAUAGUGAGAUGGAAGCAGUUUCUCAACAAUUUUCCGAUACACUUAGGGAGUUUCUUUAUAUGCCAGGGUAAAACAUGUGAUCAUGAUAAAUAUGUGAGGAUCUUAAAAAAAUGUGAGAAAAAAAAUGUUUAGCCUUAAUUCAUUGUGUACAUUAAGUUGCCAGUUAGUUAUGAAAGCAGCCAAUAUGUGUAAAUGUUAAGACUUUCUUUGAGUUUUAAUAUUACUUCAAUUAGCUUUGAGUUAACAUCAUCAAUGUUUUAUUAUUAGA